GCUAUGGAAACUUACGUCUACCACGAAACGUGUCCAAGAUAUGGCGUAGUAAUGAUGGCUUCGAGUGCGAUUUUUGUUGCUGUAUGCAGCUCGGCGGCAGGUAUUUCCCUCGUGCGGUAACUGCCAAGACUCGGCAACCUUCCUUCUUUGACUUGAAAACCUGGAAUGCUCCCCAGAAAUGGCUGAAGCCAUGAGCAACGACUCUAAACACGAUUCAGAUUGGGAUCCAAAGGCGGGCCUGUCGAGUCCAACAUUACCGGACAAGUUUUGUUUCUCGCGGACGUCGUCGACAGGAUCCAUAGACAAUAUCCUGACGUCGUCUUCGGCUCACAACACAGAUGAUGAGGACAGUGACCACAAGUCCACCAUUAGCUACAAAGAACGUAGAAGGGAAGCCCACACACAAGCUGAGCAGAAACGGAGGGAUGCCAUCAAAAAAGGUUACGAUGACCUACAGAUGCUGGUGCCCACAUGCCAACAAGACAGCACAAACUCAUUCAAGAUGAGCAAGGCGACAGUGCUUCAGAAAUCCAUAGAUUACAUCACGUUUCUGCUACAACAGAAAAAAAAGCACGAAGAAGAACUUACAGCACUGAGGAAGGAAGUUGUUGCUCUGCAGAUUAUGAAAGUUAACUAUGAGCAAAUCGUCAAAGUACACCAAAGUCAGCCCGGUCAAAACAACAAUCAUAUCAGCGAUGAAGUCAAGUUUCAAGUGUUCCAGGCAAUUGGAGACUCCCUGUUCCAGACAUUCAACUCGUCAAUAUCAGUUUCCAAUUUUGCUGAACUGUCUGCAUGUGUGUUUAGCUGGCUCGAAGAGUACUGCAAGCCCCAAACGCUCAAGGACGUGGUGGUUCAGAUACUGUCACAGCUGAACCAGACAAUGGGAUCACAGCAUUCUUAGCAUUUGUUGUCCUCAUAGAGUUGGCUUGUCGUAUGGCAUACUCCUGAGAAUCCUUGCGACUUCUGCUUGGACACCUUAGAGAGGAUGCAGGUUGGUGAUUUGAAAAACAUUUUUUUUUAUGCUGUGGAUCUUAUGGCUUCGAGUGUAAAAUGGUGCUUUGGUCCACAGUGAUUUAAACCACUCUUUUCACACUUAACAUACAAGUACCACUUUGUUGUGAAUCAGGGGAGCUGCUUAACUGAUUUUAUGGCACGUGCAGUGGAACCUUGUUAUAGCGUACUCAUAUAAGACAUGAAAGUACCUUUGUUAUAUCCGAUAUUCAAUAUAAGCUUACAUGCUAAUGACGAAAAAAAUGGCACAAUAAAUUCUAUCUGAAAGAAGCAACUUUAUGUGAUGCCUCCGACAAGCAAGCAAAGGGUCUUCUGUUGAUUUUUAUGGCCUAUAAGCAGCUUUCUGUGCUGAUAUAGUAGUAGAGCACGCAUUGAAAUAAAGCACGGGCAACCGAGUUUUAUAUUUACUUUGUUAUGUCCGGUAAUUUGUUAUAUUCAUAUACUAUAUUUUCUAGACUACAGUUGGCACUUGGUGUUAGUCUGCAUGAGCUAAUUUGGGCUUAAAUUAAACAUUUAUUUAUAUAGUCCACAGCCACUGUAUGGUUCGCAGGGAUGAACUUCUACUGAAGGUAGGUUUUUGAGCUUCUCUGUAACCAGUAAACAGUAUGUAAGCAAGAACUUUCUUAUCAACCAGUAAAAGCUUAUGUCCUUUGUUAAAUUGCAUAUAGGAGUCACUUCUAAAAGCUGUCACAAUCACUCUUGACUGGACUGCCAGAACAAAAGUCAGGCAUGUAGAAUUCGAUGAAUGGACACCUCAGUGUCUUCAUCGCCUUCAGAAUCUUUAGUUCUUGCUCAUGCUUGGCUACACUGAGCUCUAUGCUGUGAAAGUUCCUUUUGGUGGCAUCACAACUGUUCUUGUGUUUUGAGUAUAUAUAAGGUAGCAUAUAACUACGUUGCAGAUUUCGCAAUGAGGCUUUGUGCAUGUGCUCACAAAUCCAAGCAUUGAAAAGUAGCCACUUUAAUAUCGCGGGCAGCCUUCGGUUGUGUGUCACGAGCUGCCAGUAUGAACUGGAAAAAUUGCUCAUGUGCAGCGAUGAUCAUUGCUGAGCUAAUUUCGCUAUGUGAUUUGGCCUUGGAAAAAUUUUCAGGCCCAGUCUGGGGCCUCGUUUCUUCGUGUGCGCUUCCAAUCUUAAGAAAUAAGGUCAUGUAUAGACUGCACCUGUAGUUAGUCCACAGCCCACGAUAUUUCAAUGUCUACACUUGUAGUCUGGAAAAUACAGUAGGUUAUAUUGAUUUUUAACUGUACUACCAGUUUAUGCAUUCUAAUGCAUACUGUUAAAUGUGUGUUUGCAUUGUAUGCAUGGCUUAAUUACAACUGCUCACCACCAUGAAUUGUACUACUUUCUAGUUCCCUACGACAAGGUUAAGUAUCUUGAGUCAGAUUUUCGGGGGCACAAUCAUCUCGGCAAUAUCCGUUGAGCCUUUAGCUUGUAUAUCUUAAGCAAGCAAGAAGUAUGAAGGACAGGGCGCGUUUGUUGUAUUUUUGUUGGUGAAUCCUGGAAUGGUGCAUUCUUGCUGAUGUAAUCAUGUGAAAUUGUGCAUGAAUGCUGUUACGACAAGCCUGCUUAACUCAUGGGUGUAAGUGAAAAAAUAUUCAGGGUGUAAUGACAAAGCAGGGAUAUGGAAACACUUCCAAGCAGCUGUACUUGCAGGCUUUUUUAUUGUGAUGAUGAGAAAGAAAUUCAUAUGGCACAUUUUGCUUGUUUGACUAUAGCAUGUUCAUGUUGGCUAAGUGUUUUAGAAUAUGAAUAUGUCAUUGAAUUACAAUUUCCAUAUACUGAUAUAUCAUUGUUUCUUCUUUUACUAUAGAUAUGUUAUACGUUUGUUAGAAGAUAGGCAUACUCGUGAUCUCGUGGUAAUGAAUUUGCCACUGUUGCUACAAAGCUAUGGCAAUUUUUGUAUCAACUGCUUUCCUACAUCAUCCGGAGAUUGAAGUUUUAAUUUCAAAAGAGGGAAAGCGGUGUUAACAAUUCGCCUGUGUCACCACAGUUUUAAGUGAAAAUUCAAAGAACCUUUCAAAAUAUUUUAGCAGAGUUGGACAAGCCCUUUCUUUCCAGGUAUGUUUGAUUUCAACAACCGUGCUCACUCAGCCUGCACUCUGAAUGUCAUGUCUAUCGUAUUUCAUGUGCACUUUAUAUUGUCAUAUUUGGGACACACAACACUGCUGUGAUCCUAUCUUUGCACAUUGUAUACACAUGUGCACAUUAUGCAUGGGUGCUCUACAGAGCACAGUGCCCAUGCGAUGUCAUGUAUUAAAGUACAAAUUGCUCCUAACCA